AUGGUAAUUGAUGAUAUACAACCAAGCUUAAAUUCUAAAUGGUCUCAAUGGUCUAAAUUAGUUCACGACAAAAAUCGUUUAUUAAUUAUUGUGAUAAUAUCUUUAAUAAUAAUUAGUCUUACAAUCACAACGAUUACAUUUGCUGUUUUAUUGAAUCGUUCAAAAUCUUCUGCUCAUUAUUUAUAUGCAGUUGAUAAAGGUACAAUAGGUUUUCCUAUACGUUUACCAAAUGAUGGAAAAUAUAUACAAUGGACAUUUUUACAAUUAAAUGAUGUUUAUGAAAUGCUUCCAUUAGAUCAUGGACGAAAAGGUGGUUUAGCUCGUGUUGCUCAUGUACGAGAAUUAUUAUUAGAAGAAAAUUCUCAAACAUAUACAAUAUUAUCUGGUGAUUUUCUUUCACCAUCAGCAUUAAGUCAAUCAAAAGUUAAUGGAACAACAUUAAAUGGACGACAUAUGGUUGCAUCUAUGAAUACAUUAGGAAUUGAUUUUGUUACAUUUGGUAAUCAUGAAUUUGAUUUAAAUGAAAAUGAUUUAAUUACAAGAAUUAAUGAAUCAAAAUUUACUUGGAUUAGUACAAAUGUAUUUAAACGUGGUAGUAAUCAAUCAUUUCCAUUAACAAUUCCAUAUAAAAUUUUAUCAAUUGAUAAAAUUAAUAUUCUUUUAAUUGGUUUAACAAUUGAUAUAGAUAAGCCAUAUGUACAUAUAAUUAAUCAAACAUCACUUGUAUUAUUUGUUCAACAAUUUCUUAAAUCAAUAUCAAAUAUAAAAUAUGAUGUUUUAAUUGCAUUAACACAUUUAGAUGUAGGAAUUGAUAUACAUCUUGCUGAACAUAUACCAGAAAUUGAUUUAAUAUUAGGUGGACAUGAACAUGAAAAUUAUUUUUUAUUACGAGGUUCACAAUAUAUUCCAAUAACUAAAGCUGAUGCAAAUGCAUUUACUGUUUAUAUUCAUCGAUGUGCUUUUAAUAUUGAUACAAAACGACUUCGUGUUUAUCGAACAUUAACAUUAAUAAAUUCAGACUUAGUAGAUGAACCAAAAACAGCUGAAAUUACUAAUUAUUGGUAUGAUUUAGGUAAAAAAGGUUUUCAACAAAUAGGAUUUCAACCUGAUAAAACAGUAUCUUGUUUACCAUCAAAUAUUGAGUUAGAUGGUCGUUCAACAUCAGUAAGAAAUUUUCCAACAUUAUUAACAGAUCAUGCUUGUCGAAGUAUUUUAAAUUCAAUAUCUAUAAAUGAAACAAAAAUUGCAGUUUUCAAUACAGGAUCAAUACGUAUUGAUGAUGUUCUUCGAGAAUCAAUUACACAAUAUGAUAUUUUACGUGUAUUUCCAUUUCAAGAUAACAUUUUUUCAGUUUCUGUUCCUGGUUCAUAUCUUGCUAAUGUAUUAACUCGUGGUAUAUCAAUGAAAGGUAGUGGAGGAUUUACAACAUAUUGUGGAAUUGAAACUCUCGAUCAAGGAAAAACUUGGUUAGUAGAUGGAUUAGAUAUUUCAAAAACUACUUUUAAUUAUUCUAUUGGUACAAUAACUUAUUUCAAAGAUACAGAACUUAACGAUCCAUCUAUUACUAUUUGGCAUGAAUUUAAUAUAACACAAACACAAGCUUUAAUUGCUUAUUUACAAACAAAAUAUCCACCAUGUUAA